AUGGAUCCCGACGUUAUUCUACCUUAUCAAAAAUUUUCUUACAGUGUCGGUCAUGUACUCAAUGAUUUAUGUGCAUCAAUGUGGUUUAGUUAUUUACUUGUCUUUUAUCAUCGAAUUGUAAAAUUUUCCAAUUCAUCAGCCGGAUAUUUAUUACUGAUUGGACAAGUGGCAGACGCUAUAUCAACGACAUUUGUCGGAUUUGAAUCUGAUCGAACUGUAUCAGGAUUUUUCAAUUAUGGAAAUAGAAAAUCUUGGCAUCUCAUUGGUAAAGAACAUAUAUUAUCUUCUAAUGUUUUCUUGGGCCCAUUUGCUCUUGUGAUGACUUAAUAAUACAAAACUAGUAAGUUAUACUGGAUGACUUUGAUCAAACAAAGGUUUUAAGGCUCAUCACUAGUGAAUGUAUUUGUGAAUGGAUAUUUAUUUACUGCUAUAUAUUCUAUGAGCACUUGAUAAUUAAUUGUUCCGCGAGCUAAUUGAAUAUAUGCUUAACCAAAUGCUUUACAAGUCAAUAACGUAAUUUAAGUAUUUGACUUUCGUGACCAUUACUUGAUUUAUUUGCAAAAAAAAACCAGAAAUAUUGGACAAAAAUUAAAAGAAAAGAACGGGGGCAAAUAUUCGAUUGCUAGAAAGGUGCCGGUAAUUCAAAAUCACAGUAGGAAAUAUAUAUUUUUCUCUUUUUUGGCAUGGCUGAAUAGAGCUCAUCGAUUUGCAUCGGAAAAACACAAUCCCA